GGGUUGCUAUAUAAGCGCGAGAAAGGUGCGAUUGGUAACAGUACACCAUGAUAUUGUUGUGCGUGUGUUUGUUGUGCGGUGUGGCUGCCGUGCCCCAGGACUCGCCAGCUCAACUAGCAGGGCAAGCACACGCCGAGUCCGUGAGCCUGGAGGAGGAAGCGAGGAAUUUCCUGAACGAGCUGGACGCCCGCGACUCCGAGGAAUGCUCCACCCUCAGCUUCUCCAUCUGGAACUACGAGUCCGACAUCACCGAAAAGCACAAGGCUGAGAAGGCCGCCGCCCAGCUCGCGCACGCCGCCUGGGAGAAGGAGGCGUGGCAGAGCGUCCAGAAGUGGAACGGCCGCUGGGAGACGCUAACCGACCCCGCCCUCAGGAGACAGUUCAAGUUCCUCUCCAUCCUCGGCACGGCGGCGCUGCCCAAGCCGGAGCUCGAGAAGUACAACAGCCUUGAGACGGACAUGUCCACCAUCUACAGCACCGCCAAGAUUUGCGACUACCACAGGAGCAAGGUGUGCAACCUGACGCUCGAACCAGACCUGACGAGGAUCCUGCGCACCAGCCGCGACUACGGCGAGCUCGCGCACGUGUGGAAGCAAUGGCGGUACAAAUCCGGCCGGAGGAUCAGGGACCACUACCGCCUCUUCGUCAACAUCGCCAACAAGGCCGCAAAGCUCAACGGUUUCGACAACAUGGGGGACAUGUGGCUCUACCCGUACGAAUCCGACACCUUCCGUCAGGACGUUGCUGAGCUGUGGGAGCAACUGAAGCCGUUCUACCAGCAGCUGCAUGCCUACGUCAGGAGGAAGUUGCGAGCGAAAUACGGCGAACAGCACAUCAGCAAGCGAGGGCCCAUUCCCGCCCAUCUGCUGGGAAAUAUGUGGUCGCAGUCGUGGAGCGAAAUCUAUGACCUCCUGAUUCCUUAUCCUGGGAAGACUUCAGUUGAUGUCACGCCGAGCAUGAAGAACAAGGGCUACACCCCAAGGAGGAUGUUCGAGCUCUCCGAGGAGUUCUUCGUGUCGCUGAACCUGACCCGGAUGCCGCCCGAGUUCUGGGAGCACUCCAUCAUCGAGAAGCCGAAGGGGCGGGAGCUGAUCUGCCACGCGUCUGCCUGGGACUUCUGCAAUGGCAAAGACUUCAGAAUAAAGCAGUGCACAGAUGUCACCAUGACUGACUUGAUCACAGUACACCAUGAAAUGGGCCACAUCCAGUACGACCUGCAGUACAAGCAUCUGCCGCUCGUGUUCCGUGGCGGGGCCAAUCCAGGUUUCCAUGAGGCUGUCGGAGAUGUGUUGGCUCUCAGUGUGGCCACGCCAAAACAUCUUCAGAAGAUUGGCCUACUGGACAAUGUUGAAGAGGACAAUGAAGCCGACAUCAAUUACCUCAUGAGCAUAGCCUUGGACAAGAUCACCUUCCUACCCUUUGGUUAUCUGAUGGACCUGUGGCGCUGGGGAGUGUUCAGCGGGGAAACCAAAGAGGAGAACUGGAACUGCGCCUGGUGGGACUUGAGAUAUAAUCUGCAGGGCAUAAAGCCUCCCGUGAGACGAUCAGAGUAUGAUUUUGACCCUGGGGCCAAGUAUCACAUCCCAGCCAACGUUCCCUACGUCAGGUACUUCGUGAGCUUCGUGGUUCAGUUUCAGUUCCACAAAGCGCUCUGCAUGAAAGCUGGGGAAUAUGACCCUCUAGACCCCUCUAAGCCACUCCACAAGUGUGACAUCUAUCAGUCCACGGAAGCAGGAAAUGCACUUGGGGACAUGUUGCAGCUGGGCUCAUCGAAGCCCUGGCCAGAUGCUCUCGAGGGGCUAACGGGCAGCAGGAAGAUGGACGCCUCCAUUAUCAGGGAAUAUUUCAAACCCCUGGAGGUCUGGCUCACGGAGAACAACGAGAGACACCAAGAGUUUGUGGGCUGGGAAGGGGAGAACGACUUCUGUUCCUCGGACUCCCCCGCGCGCCACGAGCCAGUGGGCGAACCCUCUUCGGCGGCAACGGUCUCCCCCGGCCUGCUUGUGGUUCUCAUGGCGCUCCUCCUUCAUCAAAUUCACCAAUAAUUCUCAGUGUUUAGAAUAGAUUUUUUUUUUAGUCUACCAAAAUAUUAAAGAUUUCUAUGGUAAAUGGAUGAGAUCAUGUGAAGUGGUUUGUUGAUUAGUGUAACAGGUCUUUUGUUGGAGAAACGAAACGACUUCAUGGUUUAACUGUUUCCCUUUUUUUAUUUUCAGUGAAUGUAAUAUUUUGGAAG